AUGCUCGCCCUCGCGGCCUCGCCGAACCUCGCCUCCUCCCCCCGCCGCCGCCGCGGCCCCCCUCCCCCUCUUUCCCCCGCCGCCAACCGCCGCUCGCCCCUCGUGGCCCUGGAGCCCCGGAGGCGGGCUGCCGCCGCGGCGGCGGCGGCGGCGAAGGCGGCGAGCCUCUACGAGGUGCUGCGCGUCGAGCGGACCGCGUCGCCGACCGAGAUCAAGGGCGCGUACCGCACGCUCGCCAAGCUCUACCACCCGGACGCCCUGCGCCGGGUCGAGGCCGGAUCGGAGGACGGCCGGGACUUCCUGGAGAUCCACGACGCGUACGCCACGCUCUCCGACCCGUCGGCGAGGGCCCUGUACGACCUCUCCCUCGGGCCGCACCAGCGGAGGCGGCCCGCGAGCGGCGGCGCCUGGUGUUGCCCGACCCGGAGGUGGGACACGGAUCAGUGCUGGUAGCUCGGAGCCGAUGGAGUAUUAUCCCAAUUUGCAUUCUUUUUUCUUUUAGGUUUUUUGUUUUCCUUCCAAAAAACCUUCUUUUAAUUGUCGAGAUGAAAAGGAGAAAGAAAAAAUGGAAGUUUUCAGCUUCUUGUCCGCUUCGCCGGAGCUGACGAUGUGGGCCGUCGAGUAGCGUUUUGUAAAUUCUACGCCCCGAAUAUUUUGGAUUGAUAUUCCAAAAAAGUCCGGUUCAUAAAUGAUCUUCUAAUUA